GAAGUUUGAGUCUUGUGCGAAAAAAAAUCCGACGUAUAAAGACCGCGCGACGCUGCGUCAGAAUUCUCAAAUCCAUUGAUCAAAAAAAGAAUUCUCACAUCCAAGUCGCCCCGCAUCAUCCUCUCCUCUGCGCUUCCAUUCCAGUUCUCCAGCUUCCACCCAUGGCGACCGGCACCGCGACCGCGGUUCCGUAUAACGCCGCGGCGGCGGCAUGGAAGGAGGAGCCGACGAGGCCGCUCGCGAUCGCGUCGCCGACCGUCCACCCGGCGGCGACCGACGAUGCCGCCACCGGCACCGGGGACGAGGAGGCGGCCGUCGCGACCACCAGGCGCUGGCGGUCGAUGCAGUACCUCCGGAAGCGGCGGUGCCUGCUGUGGUGCUGCGGCUGCUGCGCCACCUCCGUGGUCCUCCUGGGCUUCACCAUCCUCGUGCUCGCGCUCACCGUGUUCAAGGUCCACGACCCCGUGCUCACGCUGAACCUCGUCACGCUGGAGGGCGUCGACGGCGGGCUCGGCCCCACGGCGGCGAACCCGGUGUCCGUGAACGCCACGCUCACCGCCGACAUCUCCAUCAAGAACCCCAACGUGGCGUCCUUCGCGUUCGACCGGAGCGAGACGGACUUCUACUACGGCGGGGAGACGGUGGGCGUGGCGUACGCGCCGGAGGGCGAGGUGGGCGCCGACCGCACCGCGCGCAUGAACGUCACGCUCGACGUGCUCGCCGACCGCGUCUCGCCCAACGCCAACACCACGGCGCUCAUCUUCGGCCAGGUGUACAACAUCACCAGCUACACGGAGAUCAACGGCAGGGUCGACGUGCUCGGCAUCUACAAGAGGGACCUGGACAUCAAGAUGAACUGCACCAUCAUGCUGGAGGUCGGGGCCUUCAGCAGCGUGCAGAGCAAAGCCACUAACUGCGUUGCAAACGUCAGCUGAUUCCGGUUAGCUGGUCAAAAUGAAAUGAAUAUUUGUUGCUUUUAGUAGUUGUGCUUUCCCCUCUCCCCCCUUUUCCUUCUGUAUGUACAAGAUUAGUGAGUGUGAGGCUUAUGGGUUUA